AUGAGCAGCGCGGCUGCAGGCUGCCUUCUAAAUCCAUGAAGUAACAUUAAAUGGCUCACUGAGAAUCAGAGAUUAAGAUUGUUUUUGUUGAGCGGUUGUUAAAAGAGUUUUUUAAAAGUUUAGGACCCACGAAAUGUUAUUUAUUUUCCCUCUGCUGAAGUCUUGACAAUUCUUUUCUUGGAACAUUACAAGUUGCGAUAAACUCACAGAAAUGCUGCAUUCUUGGGCUCGAGAACAACUGAACUGUGGCUGCCACAACACUGCCAUUGCCGUAAAAUACCAAUGACGACAAAAGCACGUUUUCUGCCAACAACAAAAUACGCAAACCUUUUCUUAAAAAAAAAAUGCCAAUCAGCAUAAUCUGCAGCAUGCCUCUGCCGUUCGAAGAGAGGGCAGCCGAGUCGCCCGCAAAGGGACGCGACCUGGAGAGGGAACGGCGGCGGCGCCGGCAGCGGCAGCAGCAGCGUAGGGGUGAUGGAAGAUUCGAACGGGAGAUGGACUCCCCGCCGGCACCUUCAGCGCCCCCGGCCGCGACAAGCGGCGGCGGCCGCUCGUUGUCAGACUUUGCCGGCGGGACCACGCUGCACGGCGUGUCGCACGUGUUCGUGCCGGGCGAGCGGAGCGGGCUGACCGCACGCCGCACCCUCUGGGCCCUCGCCGUGAUCGCCUCCAUCGCCCUGCUGCUGCUGCAGUGCGUCGACCGCGUCGCUUACUACCUCCGGUACCCGCGCAUCACCUCGCUGGAUGAGACCUCCAACCCCAACGUGAUCUUCCCGGCGGUCACCAUUUGCAACUUCAACACCCUCCGCCGCUCGGCGCUCACGUACAACGACCUGUUUUGGACCGCCGAGCUCCUGGGUCUGCCCGAGGGCGUCAUUGAAGCCGAAGUGGCCGGGGCCGAUCUGGACGGCCAGCGUCCGAGCCUGGGCGCGUCGCUUGGGCUGCCCGGGGUGUCCACGGCGGACGCGCGGAGGCCGGGCCCCGGGAGGACGUUCAACAUGUUGGAGCUGUAUGCGAGGGCUGGCCACCGCAUGGAGGACAUGCUGCUGCAGUGCCGAUAUCGAGCCGCCGAAUGCAAGCAUGUCGACUUUGUCACAGCACCUCCCGUGGACUUUUGGAAUAUUAUUCGCAACAUUGCGUGGAUGCCGGGCGCUGUGCAUUCGCCCUACUCUUGAGGCUGAGUACUGUACUGCGAUGUUUUUGUCAGACUUUUCCGAUGUCAUCCUAGAUCGUAACUAGUCAUUGCAUGGUUACUAACCUGCGUGUAUCGUCAAUGUGAAGUGCAUGUGUUAUUUAUUCAAGGACAUAUUAAACGUCUUCUGUUAUGUUUUGCAUCCAAAUAGAUUGUAAAGUCAAUGUGGUUGUUAGGAAUUGCUUCUCGUUGUAACGAUUUUUUUUAAACAUAUCUAUUAUUCAUUAUUUUAGUUUAGUCCAGCUAUAUUGAAGAUAACAUAUUCUGCCUUUUAUUAGUUGCUGCAGUCUUGUUUGGUUAUGUAAUGUAAUAAUUGUCUCAUGAGAGGAGAAAUCGGACACUGUUCAGAGAACAAGAGGCAUGCAUGCAAUUUAAAUCGGUGUUAUUCAAACCUGUGAACGAGAGCAUUCGGGCACUCUAAAUCAGGCAGUUUUUAUUUCGGACAAAUACUCUACACCAUAUUUAUAUUUCAGUUAAUGCGGUGUGCAGUAAAUAUAGCACGUAGGUUGGCAGUAAGUAGGGUGAGCGAUUACAUCAUUUCUGUUUUUUCACGUCGUUGUGUCUCUGUGUUCAUGCGCUCUUCUGCCUCUUGGGGAGCGGGAGAUUGGAUUGAUGCAGCCCCGUGUG